AUGCAAACGUAUAAUAAUCUAAUGAAUUUCAAUCAGCAAUUGUUUUUACAAACUCUUGAGGAGUAAGAAUGCCAAGAGAUUCUCUGCUUACUGCACUCCUGGCGCUACAAUGUAGUUCUAUCUAAAUAUCCCAAGCAAUUCAGAAACAGAGAGGCUAACUCUCUUGGAGGCAAGAGGCGACGAACAAAUUCAAUUGGAAUGCAACAUAAGAACUAAAAUGGACUGUAGUUAAUGCCUUCAUUGAUGUGUAGACUUCCCCAGACGGAGAUGUCUAUGCCACAAAAAAUAUCUUCUGAAGUUUCUGCAACUAGAUACUUCCUCUACAUUUACAAUAUUUCAGCAAAUGUUUGGAGUCUUGUAGAAAGCAGCUUUGAUGUUAAAGCUGUCAGAUUUGAUAGACUAGGAAACAUCUAUUACCUUGAUGCUGAGAACUGCGCCAGAAAUUCAUUAAAUGAGAAAUUAAUCUGUGGAGUCUCAGACUUUGAAGUAACUGUUGAGAAAAAGAUUAUUGCUCUAAAUGAUGGCUCAGGAAUUGUACCAGCAGAUACAGUUUCUAGCUAGUUUAAGCCAGCUUUAGUUAGUCAGUAUCAAUAUAAAGCCAUUACUGGAUUCAAAGGAAUCACCUUACUCAAAGACGAACCAAUUCUAAUUUCAAAUGAUGGCACAGUUGAUGCAGUUUAUGGCGGGGGGAAACUGGUUAGUAUCAGCGCGGGUAUAGAUGGUUCUCUUUGGGCUCUUCAGGAUGAAAAUAAUGCCACUGAUUUUACUCUGUUAAAGUGGCAAACAGUUGCCUAGAAAUGGUACAGUGUCGAAGGCGCCAAAGGUGUUUGUCUCUCUGCAUACAAUGAAAUCUCAGUUGCUCUUGUCAACUCAAUAGGCUUGUUAAGUCUAUCAUCUUAGACUGGUCAUCAAAAUGAAGCUGAAUAUGUAGUUACUGUCCCAACUUCAGUGCCAACAUCUGAACCUAGCGCAACAUCUCCAUCAUAAUCUUUAACAUAAGCACCUUCAACUUAACCUCCAGCCACUACUACAACACAAUAGUAAAUCAUAGUAAACUCUCAAUAAUACCAAUCUCUACUUGCUAAUGCUGAUGAUUUCUAAUGGAUAAUGAAUUAGAUUCCUAAUAAAAACUUCACUAAAGUGACUUAGAUUUACGGUGCAGAUGAGAAUUAACGCUCAAUUUAAGAGGGUAUUGAUGCCUUCUCCAACAGGACUGAUAUUAUUUUGCUUUACAAAACAGACCAUAAUUCAAUUACUGGAUAUUACAUAAAUGGUUCCACUCCAAGUGAUAGCUCUCCUCUCUAUAGAAGAGUUAAAUCUGUGAUUUUUAGUCUAUCUGCAAGAUAAUCAUUACCUUAUAAUAGAACUGAGGUUAGUACAAUAAGCUAUUACUCAAGCAACAAAAAAUUCUUUGUAUUAAGUGCUUCACAGAUUGAUCUUGUUUUUACUCCAAGAUGUGGCUCUGAUAUUAAUGGAUAUUACACAGAUGAUUUUUAAAACUAAGAAGAAGAAAAAUAAGGUAGCUAAGUAACUUAUAUAAGAUUAAAUUCUUUACUGACUGGAAAUUCAGUAGAAAGUGUAUCUGCUGUUAGUUGUAAGAGAAUCGAAAUGUAUUUGGCUUAAUGA